GUCGUGGGUCUAGUGGUAAUUUACACGCCUAGAGCCGUAACUGUUGCAAUCACCCAAAAAUGUUCUGGUCAGUUGUCCUGGUCUUAGUCUUGGUUUUCGUGGCGUGGGACGUGCUGGGAGAUCAAAAUCCCCUCGAUGUCGUUCCCGGACCACCUAGAAGACCUAUCUUCGGCUGCGUGCUUGGACAUAUGAUGAUGAGUCCUCGUACUCUUUUCCUAAAACUUCGUGAGUACGCAGAAAAGUAUGAGGAUCGUUACGUGCUAAAGCUCUUCAGACGUCGCGUUGUUUACAUUUACAAUCCAAGCGAUAUUGAGGUAGUUUUGUCCCAUUCGAAGAACAUAGACAAGGCGAGGCCCUAUAAGUUCUUAAUUCCUUGGCUUGGCACUGGCCUGCUCAUCAGUACUGGCAGUAAAUGGUUCACACGUCGCAAGAUCCUUACUCCAACAUUCCAUUUCAACAUCCUGAAGAACUUCGCCACCGUCAUCGAGGAGAAAAGCCGCAAUCUGGUGUCCAGAUUGAAACAGCACCAGAAUGAGGUAGACGUGUUUUCAGUCAUCAGUGACUUCACGCUUGAUACCAUCUGUGAGACAGCUAUGGGAAUCCAGCUAGAUCACGACAAGUCAAAAGCCACAGUGGAGUACAAAUCUGCCAUUCAUGAGAUUGGGCGUUUGAUAAUGGAACGACUGACAAGAUUCUGGCUUCAUAACGACUUUGUCUACAUGAUGUUGCCCGUUGGACAGCAAUUUAACAAGGCCCUUAAUAAGGUCCUAAGUUUUGCGGACAAUGUUAUAUCAGAAAGAAAGAAACAGAAAAUUACAGGAGAAAAUUCAAUUGCGAUUGAUGAAGAUAAUUUUGGGAAGAAGAGACGGGUGGCCUUAUUGGAUUUAUUGCUGGAAGUUGAAAGUAAAGGAGAAAUAAACCUGGAAGGAAUUAGGGAAGAGGUCAACACGUUUAUGUUUGAGGGCCACGACACUACAGCUACUGCUUUAACUUUUGGACUUAUGUUAAUAGCAGAUCACAAUGAAGUUCAGGAGCAAAUAUACGAAGAAUGUCAACGUAUAUUUGGGGAUUCUGACAGGAUAGCCAGCAUGGCAGACCUCGCCGAGAUGAAAUACCUGGAGGCAGUGUUAAAGGAGACUUUAAGGCUGUACCCGAGCGUGCCUUAUAUGGGCAGGGAGACCACCGAAGACUUCAUGAUGGGAGAUAUUUUCGUAAAGCGAGGGUCAGGAAUCGGCAUUCACUCGUACGAUCUUCACCGCAGAGAAGAUUUGUUUCCCGAACCUGAGAAGUUUAAGCCUGAGAGAUUCCUGAAUGACGAGAGCAGGCAUCCAUACGCUUAUAUACCUUUCAGCGCUGGACCAAGAAAUUGUAUAGGUCAACGUUUCGCGAUGCAGGAGAUGAAGUGCGUGCUCAGUGAGAUUUGCCGCAACUUUAAGCUGGAACCGAAGCAGAAGGGCUGGAGGCCUCAGCUCGUUUUAAACCUAGUUUUACGCUCCAUUGAUCCUAUUUACGUGAAGUUUGUGCCAAGGUAGUAAUAAAUGAUAAUGUUAUUCAAAUAAAGAUUGUUUAAUAUAAAAGAAUUAAAAU